AUUGUUGCGCUUCAUAAUGACACAGCAGCCACUGGCUUUCGCUUGACCCUCCCUCUGCCUCGUUUGUCCCACACCCCCGCGUUUCAGCUUCCUGGUUAUGGCGAGAAUAACUCGCCUAACUGGCACUCAAACCCCCUUCCGUUUAAUCUUUUCGUCCGUCGCCAGGUAUUUCUCGUCUUUCGGUGGGAUCCGUCGCGGAAUGGCAGCAACAACGAGCGGGGUCACCCGGUUCGACUUCCUGGUGGUCGGCGGCGGUUCCGGAGGUCUGGCGGGGGCAAGGAGGGCGGCCGAACUGGGCGCAAACGCCGCCGUGAUCGAGAGUUAUAAACUCGGAGGUACCUGCGUCAACGUUGGCUGUGUCCCAAAGAAAGUCAUGUGGAAUGCGGCAGUACAUGCUGAGUUUCUCCACGACCACACCGAUUACGGCUUUGACGUGAAAAAUGUUCACUUCAGUUGGGAAACACUGAAAGCAAAAAGGGAUGCAUACAUCAGUCGCCUGAAUAAAAUUUACCGCAACAAUCUCGACAAGGCAAACAUCCAAACCAUUGAAGGUCAUGCCAGGUUCACUAGCGAUGCUGAGCCAACACUGGAGGUCAAUGGCAGGAAGUACACAGCGCCUCACAUCCUCAUCGCCACUGGGGGGCAGCCAUUUGUACUGUCUGAUGCUGAGGUUCCAGGAGCAAGUCUGGGCAUUACCAGUGAUGGCUUUUUUGAACUUGAAAGUCUCCCAAAACGUAGUGUUGUCGUGGGUGCUGGUUACAUUGCUGUUGAGAUGGCGGGCAUCCUCAACAACCUUGGUUCUAAAACCUCCCUCAUCAUACGGCAGAAUGAGGUUUUGAGGACUUUUGACAGCUUCAUAAGCACAAACUGCACCAAAGAGCUGCAGAACUCUGGCGUGGACUUGCGGAAGAACUCUCAGGUGACGUCGGUGCGCAAAACCGACUCCGGGUUGGAGGUGACGGUCGUCACCAAAGGUGAGGAGGAGAGCAGCAUUAUUUCUGAGGUGGACUGUGUCCUGUGGGCCAUCGGCAGGAAGCCCAACAUUGCUGGCUUAAACAUUGGCGAGAUGGGAUUAGACACAGAUGAACAAGGGCACAUUGUGGUGGAUGAGUACCAAAACACCACUCGACGGGGAAUCUACGCUGUCGGAGAUGUUUGCGGCAGAGCUCUUCUCACACCUGUUGCCAUCGCUGCUGCCAGAAAGCUGGCGCACAGGCUGUUUGAGGGCAAGAAGGAUUCUAAGUUGGACUACUCCAACAUUCCGACGGUGGUGUUCAGCCACCCACCCAUCGGCACAGUGGGCCUCACAGAAGAGGAAGCCAUAAUGAGCAGAGGCAAGGAGAAUGUGAAGAUCUACAAGACCACCUUCACGCCGCUAUAUCAUGCCAUCACAACCCGGAAGAGUCUGUGCAUCAUGAAGCUGGUUUGUGUGGGUGAAGAAGAGAAGGUGGUGGGUUUGCACAUGCAGGGUUUAGGCUGCGAUGAGAUACUCCAGGGCUUCGCUGUGGCCGUCAAGCUUGGCGCUACCAAAGCAGACUUUGAUAAGACUGUUGCCAUUCACCCUACUUCCGGUGAGGAACUUGUCACCAUGCGUUAACGGAAUAAAACCAGGCCUCAAGAAGACUUGGAUAUCACGAUUGAAUCCAUCUGAUGAGUUGCUUGAUGAUUUUUUUUUUUUUUUUAAUUCACUUAAGUGACCCUUGUUCUGCACAGCCUUUCAUUUUUUCUGCCUUUUACCAAACUGCAUCAUACCUGAGUUGUACCUUUAUAAAAUUGUACUGUUGUUAUUGACGAGUCGACUGAUUGGUAAUUUGAAUUAAAUAUAUUUUAAGUAAAGGAUGGCGUGAUAGCAUGGAAAGUCCAAAGACCUCAAUCUAAUUGUAUUAUGUUUGAUCCUGAGUCAGUAAAUUUUUAAAACGCU